CCAUUCACCAAUAUAAAAACCAGAGUACAAAAACGAGUGUUAAAAAAUUUGUGCUUCGACACAAAUAUGUCUACACCGAAAAAACUGACGCAAAUAAUCUCUCUCCUCCUCCUCGCCGUCGCUUUCUUUCCGGCGCCGUCGUACUCCGGCAAGACAGUCGAUUAUCUCCCUGGUUUUUCCGGCAAGCUCCCUUUCGAUCUCCAAACUGGAUACAUAGAAGUUGGAGAUUCAGAGCUAUUCUACUACUUUGUUGAAUCAGAAGGGAAUCCAAAGCAAGAUCCUUUGCUACUUUGGCUCACUGGAGGUCCUGGUUGUUCUUCUUGGAACAGUCUUGUUUAUGAAAUUGGGCCGCUAGAAUUCGACCUUGAUGCAUCAUUGGAAGGAGGUCUUCCUCAGUUGAGAUCUUAUGAACAUUCUUGGACCAAGAGUGCUAGCAUAAUAUUUUUAGACUCACCAGUUGGAACAGGAUUCUCCUACUCUACAACUCCAGAAGGAUGGCCAACCUCAGACACAGAAGCAUCAAAUGAAGCUUAUCAAUUUUUAAUGCAGUGGGUGGCAGAAAAUCCGCAAUACCUUGAUGUUCCAUUCUAUGUAGGUGGUGAUGGAUACUCCGGAAUAAUUGUUCCGUUGAUCACAAAAUUAGUAGUUGAAGGUAAUGAAGCUGGAGUGCAGCCACGCUUAAACUUAAAGGGAUAUUUAGUGGGAAGCCCGAAUACAGAUGAUUUCAUUGACUCCAAUUCGAAAGUAGAGUUCGCUCAUAGGAUGGCACUCAUAUCAGAUAUCACUUAUAAUAAUGCCAAGAAGUACUGCAAAAAGAACUAUGUAGACGUGGAUCCAGAUAACACACAAUGUAUCCUUGCUCUUGAUGAUUAUGAGAGGUGUGUUAGGGGCAUAUGGCCUAACCAGAUUCUGGAGCCAAAAUGUACACUUGGUAGACCACAAGAUGAUAGAUGGACUAGAAGAUCUCUUCAAGAGGACCCCAAUGAAUUCAUUCUUUCAGUUCCUCAAGUUUCAAAUCUUUGGUGCCGGAAUUUCAAUUAUGGUCUGUCUGAUUCCUGGGCAAAUGAUGAAGCAGUCCAGGAUGCCUUGCACGUCCGCAAGGGAACUGUAAACCAAUGGAGCAGGUGCAACCAGACUAUAUCAUACACGAAAGAUCAACCAAGUGUUGUUCAAGUUCAUCAAAAUCUCACUAACUAUAACCUGAGGUUAUUAGUAUACAGUGGUGAUAGAGACAUGGUUGUUACAUUUGUCGGAGUUGUCCAAUGGAUAAAGUCCAUAAAAAAUUCCGCAAAUCUAACUCUUUCAGAUAAAUGGCGUCCAUGGUUUGUUGAAGGUCAAGUUGGAGGGUAUACAAGGAAGUACGAAAAGAAUUCCGAUUAUUUCCUGACAUAUGCGACUGUGAAGGGUGGAGGUCAUACAGCUGCAGAAUACUACCGUAAAGAAUGCUACGAAAUGUUCAAUAGAUGGGUAUCACUCUAUCCUCUAUGAUGCAAACCUUUUCAUCUAGUUUUGCAACUUAUUUUGCUCAAGUUGUUCCACUUAAUCUAGUUACAGUUGUAGGGUUUGUAAUUGUAUCACUUUUAGUCGAAGCAAAUUUGUACCCUUAUAAAGGGAGAGCAAGCCUUUGUUAUGAUUGUAAAACUGAACAAAAAUAUGAUAUGUAUUCCCUUAAUUCUUCUUUGUA